AAACUCACAGUUGUGACGGAAGUCGUAAAAUGAUUAUUGGAACCAGAAUCAUGCCAUGUUUCUCGUUUUUCCAUCUGUCACAAUACGGCAGUAGUAUGCACGUACCGUAUUAGAAGUACUUCUGAUUGGUUAUAUAUGAGAAGUGAACUUCUUCAAUUGUCUUUCCAUACAUUACUGAAUCGUACACAUCACAAUCUGCCUUGAUCGUGCUCGUGCCGUAUUCGGAUUUCGAUGCUGCUCGGUCGAAUCGUCUCCAAAAUUAUUCUUGUCGAUAUAAUUGCAAAAGCAUAAUCUCAGCACGCCUGUUCUGCCUUGCCUCGAAAAYYGGAUCUCCAARAACGAUACGCGAAACAUAGAUCCCAGCGUCGGACUUGCCGACAACAAGUGCGGGCUUAUCUUUGUUGGGUUGCAAUAGAAUUGUCACCAUCACAGCAAUUUCCAGCAGCAAUACAAAAUUAAACGCGACAAGAAAUCAACCCAGGCAAGACAAAUCAUGGUGGUUGCAAAAUCGGGCAUUCAAAAGGAAGUCCUGGCUCUGUACAGAACAUUGCUGCGAGAAGCCACCAAGAAAGAUCGAAUGGUGGCAGGCAAGUCCAGCCGUAGGCCAGCCUCUUUUACGGAUCUUUUGUUUGCGAAUGACAGCAGCAGCACGGCCCACGCUCGGGACGAGUUUCGCAAGCAGGCGUCCAGGCUUCGUCGCAACGAUUUCAGGACCAUUGAACACAAGAUCCGSCACGGGUACAAGCAAAUCAAGCUGCUGCAAAUGCCAGGGGUUGUGACCUUCAAGUCGUGGUAGGAAAAAUUAGCCGAGCGGCACAAKCAUGCUUCACGACGUGCGAUCCAUAGCGAUUAGGUCUCAUGUCGAAAUAAAAAAGAGAUGCCUCAGUUUACAUUGGGAGGAACAGGCAAAGUAACGAUCGUAAAGGAGAUGGGGAAAUUAUCGACUAGAAGUASAAGAUACGAUCCAACGCCUGAGAUGUUGCUGAUGAGCCAGUUUCUUUCUGUCGCCCACGUUUGGCACAGAAUCUGGUUUAGCUGGAACACUGUGAUUCAGGAGUGCUACUGCUCACGCAAACCACAAUCGARUGUUUGCCAUCAAUUGGAAACAUUCGUUCCCAGAGGCAAGAAGUGGUAUGAAAGCAACAUUUGAUACAGUAAAGAAUACGAGACCCCGAGAAAGCACCGCACAUAAUCGCGCAAGGGGCAAAAUGUUCAUUCAAUUCUUCGGAUUCRUAAUUUUUCUUUACAUCAAACUAGUACUGGAAGUAUAUUAUCUUGGAAAUUGGUGGUAGGUGUCUGGUGUCGUAAACACCCAGYACUUGGAUGAUAUCGUCACAGAACUAUUUUAUGGGUUCUAAGAGAUUCAAAUCGUUUGCUUCAUUUKUUGUUGGAACAACAAAGCUGGUCGAGAUUCUUUCCGUUGUAAAGCAGUACUGCUAUAACAACGUUGACAAUCCCCAUGAAAUACACAACGCUUAGUUUUGUACCAAACARCACCAUGCUCAUCAAUCCGGUCCCAAUGACCGAAAUUGCUGUUGCGUAACCCUUCAAUACGGAGUCCGCGUAUUUCAGCACACCAGCGACAAUCAAACCACCGAUAGCCGAAUUAAAGACGGUAAGAAAGGCGCCCCCAUUGAAGUUGUGAAAGAGUCCAUAUUCGACAAUGGUUUUGAAAUCCAUUAUGCAUGCAUAGAUUCCAAUCGUUAAUAGACUCAUGCUGGCGAGUUGAACCUGUGUGUACGCAAGCGAAUAUUGGCCCUGGACCGGGGAAAGAACGCGUUGCGACUUGAUCACCUUUUCGGUGUAAACGCUAGCAAACCCACUGCUCACGGCUAUGCCGAGUGUUGCACAGAUUCCCUUCGAAUUGGAAAUGCCUUGAUCCUCCCCAACUUUCAUGUUGCAAAGCAUCACACCCACCGUAAGCAGAAUCAAACUGAUGACCUGAAUAUAUUUUAGUUUCUUUCCGAUGACAAUGGCGGAAAACGAAGCGGUAAAUAGAAGUUUCGUCUGAACCAACACGCUGAACAUGGCAGCAUCUAGGUUUGCCAAAGCAAUAUAUUCGAGAGUCAUUUGAAGGUUGUAGGCACUAGCAGGAACGGAUACCAAAAGAGUGUUUUUCCAAUCGUCUUUGAAAUAUUUCACGAUGCUUCCAAAUGGUUUCUUUUCCACACAUAGAAUGUAAAACAAACUGAGCGAGAGUUUCGUGCACUCGCUUCCAAUGACGGCAGCGGAAGUUAGAAACUGCGGCUUUUCUUUCAUGACGUAACGCAUCAGUAAGUUCUUCGAUGAAUUCUGGACAGCAAGCAAAAUAAGAACCUUCAACCCCAUGGCGGAUAUGGUGUUGGUACCGCCGCUCGGGACAGCAUUGUCCUUCGUCGGGUUAGUGGUCAGUAAGCGAUCGGUUUCCGGAAUCAUAACACUCUCGAUAUCUGCGUCCUUGUUGGGACGCCGUUGGYUUGUAGAGUCAUUCAUAUCCUUAAACCAAUUGAAAAUGGACUGUGUUGCUAUCUUGUUUUCAAAAGAGUGCCUAGCCGAACCCUGGCCGCAGUUACGAGCAGUUAUACAGGUGGGUCCUCUAAUCACAAGUGAAAAAAGAACUUGCGUAAAGUUCAAAUUUCAAAUACAGUAGUGCGAAAUACUAUCCCAAUCGAAAACUGGAAACAGAGUUUUAAAUUACAAGUUCGUAUACACCGUACUGUAUUUUACUAAUAAAGUACUGUAUUACAGUACAUUUYAAAGUACCAGGUACCCAAGUACCGUAACGAAGAUUUUCCUUACUGUAACACUACGAGUACGUACUAUUCGUUCUUUUAGUACAGUAGUACUUCGUACUUCGUACUACAGUACUUGUACUAGUACCACGAAGCCAGUGAAACCAKUCCCCCAGUCCCGUUAUACUUCCAUCAAAGUUAUCAAGUUUUUUUAAGAAGUCCAGGGGUCAUCAUAAUUGUUCUAUGACCCCUGAGCUGCGCAGGGUUGUACCGUACGAACGAGUACGAGUACUAUUAUGUACAUUCUACUUGUGUCAGAUAGKUAAUGUAAUUCGAUGGUACUGUACAGUACUGGCUAGAGCGUUGUAGAACUGAAUCUGUCCUUAGUAGAAGUACAGUACUACAGUAGCGUAGUAAUAGUAGAAGUAUCUAGUAAUUACUUCUACGUACCGUAGGUACAGUAUUAGCUGACUGUCAAGCAGUCGUUGCAUGUGACAUACUUCGUACUACUGUAUGGUACAAAUGUACUAUGUAUGUUCCGUGAUCACGAAGACACUUUYAAGAAAUAAGAAGACAUGUUGGAUACAAUACAGUAUUUAGAAUACUGUAACGGGAAUCACCCAUAUGGAUACCGGUACUGGAGUGGUUAUUUACUUUCUGUUCGCACUGGUAGCGUACGCAGGUACSUCUACUCGUGCCAUGAUCAAAAAAAUGAGUUGAUCUUAGAAAUAAAAAGAAUAGCAAUACAGUAGCAGAAGCAAUAAACUAAUAGGACCUGCAGUACGAAGGUCAUGUUCGUGACAAGCGCGUGCAUGCGCCGUGCCCAAAGCAUCUGAUUGCUCUAUUGCCAUAAUUGCCAUAACACACCAAUYUAACGGUACCAGGUACGGUACCAUWCAAUAUCAUCUUUUAUUCUGAAGUCACGAGGUGAAGGCGAAGAGAUGAUAGAACGGAAUCUGAGAGAUUACGUCCUUUAGCAGCGAAAACAAGUUGCAAAUGAUGUACUCCGUUCCUAGAUCCCUAGAACGGAACAACGGACAUCAGCAAGAUUCUGAGUUCUGAGCUGCAGACACGUGUACUACGGGGUGCUCUUCGAAUAAUAGCAGUAUCCCUUGGAUUAUGGAAGCUUCAACUCCAAAACCAAUCACUAUGAAUGUCAGCAACUGCCCUCUGACUUGUUUCAAUAAAGGAACCUGUGAUUUCCAUAACGUUACAAAAGAAUUCUACUGCGAUUGUCCAUCCACUCAAAGUGGUGGCUACCAAGGGAUACGAUGUGAGACUCCCUUCCUGGAAUGUUCCGAUGGUGACAAGCGAGGAUGGCGUUGUCUAAACGGUGGCCAGUGCAAAACUGGAGAUACACAUGAGGUUUGCCAUUGCCCUGAUGAGUUUGCGGGAAGCCAGUGCCAAACAUUUAAUGGUCCUACAAACCGUGGUUCCCUGAGAGACCAUUCCAUGCUGGAGGAUGGUAUUCGAUUGUCAAAAAAAGCAAUCUUUGGUUUGACAUUAUCAUGGACAGUACUUUCAGUGGCUUGUUUCGUUGUUGGUUUUUCGGCUGGACGCACAAGAAGACAAGCAAGCGAAUUAAGACAAAGURGUACCRWYCACCAGCCUACGGAUUUGAAUUUUGAUAGUGAAAUCGAAACACCAGAGCUCCGGCAAGAAAUCCAUAUAACGUAAAUCGAGGUCGCGCAGGGUGCUUUUCCCCUUUUGGUAGGAUGGUUSAGAACAUUGGAUCUACAAAACGGAAAAGAAAACCCGUACCCUGCACCGAUUAUCACCACCAGCAGGUUUAGAAUAUGACUCGAUUCGAACCAAUGAAGCACAUACAUCAAAAUAAAAUUAUGUCAUAGUU